AUGUUUCAACAACAACAGAGUUCAUUUUGUGAUCAAUCGGCUGGUUCGAUGAACGAUCACAGUAUUUUUUAUCAAAAUAUUUAUGCUCAACAAGAAGAAUUAGAAGUAGCUACGCUACCGGCAAAACGUCGUGAGUGUACUAAUUUCUAUUUUGACCAUCUUUAUAUGGCAACAUUAGUACAACAACCAGGAGCAAAAAAUGCUAUUCGAACAGGUGGAAGAAGAAAUAAAAAUGAAAUAUUAGGUUUAACACUUGCACGUCUACUCAAAGAAAAAUAUCUAAAUGGAAUUACUUAUUCACAAAAUAUGGAACUUUCAAGCGGCAUUCCAAUGAAUGUAAACAAUGGUGAAUUUAUACUUGUUCUUCGUACUGAUGGCCGUAUUGUUGCUAUCAGCGAUGAAGCUGAACAUCAUUUAGGAAAAUCAAUGCGUUCAUUAUAUACACAAUGUAUAAAUAUUUUUGAAUGUCUUGAUGUAACUGAUGGUAAUAAAUUACGAUCAAUUCUCAAUUCUUCAAAUGACUUAGCUCAACAAGAACAUCAACUUGUAUGUACAUUUCGUUUGCCGAAAGGCAAGCGUCCUAGUCGAGCAAAUGAAGACGUCAAAACAAUAUCAAUGGUUGGCCACUUUUAUUCAUGCGAUGGUUCAUCAUCAUAUGAAAAAUUAUUUAUUGCUCGUUGUGAUGCUUUAGUAUCUCAAAAAACAAAACGAUCGAGUUCACCACAAACAGCUAUGGUCAUUCAUAAUGAUAAUGUAAAAUCAAUGAUAAAAAUAACAUUAAAUGGAGAUAUGUCGAUUAAUACCGUUUCAUCAAAUGUUAAAGAAAUUCUUGGUUAUACAAAAAAUGAAAUGAGUGGUAAUUGGUUAGGAAGAUAUAUACCACAAAAUGAUUUAGAAAAGUUUGAAAAAAUUCAACAAAAAUUUUUUCAACAUGAACAACAACAACAACAAAAACCAUUACCAAUAAAUGUUUGUGAAAUACUCGAUAUGUAUACGAAUAAUGGAGAUGGACGUUUAACAUUUUUAUGUCAAAUACGAUUAAAACGGCAGCGACGAUCAAAAUUAAUUGAAUUUGAAAUUCUUGCUCAACCUGUUGAUCCAUCAUUACGAGACUAUUUUGUUAAAUUUAUUCAAUCGGAAUCAGAAACUAGUUCAAUAUUAAACGAAGCCCCACAAGUAAAUCUCGCGUCAACAUGUGUAUCAGAGGCGAGCAAAGAUUCAAUCAUGGCCUAUAGUCCGUCACUCGCCAUGGGGCUCCUCACAGACGACAACGGCAAAACUAACGACUUCUCCUAUCAACACCAAUAUUCACCGUUCAGUCGACAACUUUCAAACUUUGUUGCACCGGUCAAUGUCAAUGACGAAUUUUGGGAACAAUUAUUCAACGUCGAUUGCAACCCCCCAUAUCCAACAUCACCAAAUUUCGAAUAUGGGCCAACAGACUCAUUCAAUAAUACCUUCACCCCAUGUCAAAUAGACCUUGAAUUAGCCAGUUAUAUUGAAGAUUAUUUAAAUGGUUAUUAA